AUGGCGACGUCGUUAGCUCGAAUCUCUAGAAGAGGCGUAACCUCGGCUGUUUCUUCGAAUCUGAUUCGGCGUUACUUCGCCGCGGAAGCUGUAGCGGUUACGACGACGGAAGUGCCUAAGCCGAAAUCGGAGGUGACGCCGUCUCCGGAUCGGGUGAAAUGGGACUACAGAGGCCAAAGACAGAUCAUUCCUCUGGGUCAGUGGCUACCGAAGGUCGCCGUUGAUGCUUACGUGGCACCUAACGUCGUGCUGGCUGGUCAGGUCACCGUCUGGGAUGGAUCGUCCGUUUGGAACGGUGCCGUUUUGAGAGGAGAUCUCAACAAGAUCACGGUUGGAUUCUGUUCGAAUGUACAGGAACGGUGUGUUGUUCAUGCCGCGUGGUCGUCCCCUACAGGAUUGCCAGCAGAAACAUUGAUCGAUAGGUACGUGACAGUUGGUGCAUACAGUCUUUUAAGAUCGUGCACUAUCGAACCCGAAUGUAUCAUCGGGCAACACUCGAUACUGAUGGAAGGUUCACUGGUCGAGACCCGGUCAAUCCUGGAAGCUGGUUCUGUUGUGCCACCAGGAAGAAGAAUCCCAUCAGGUGAACUCUGGGGAGGCAAUCCAGCAAGGUUUAUUCGAACACUCACCAAUGAAGAAACCUUGGAGAUCCCGAAACUCGCUGUUGCCAUUAACCACCUUAGUGGAGAUUACUUCUCCGAGUUCUUACCUUACUCAACUGUCUAUCUUGAGGUUGAGAAGUUCAAGAAAUCCAUUGGGAUUGCCGUCUAG